AAUUUCUAUAUCUAUGAAUUUCAGCAAAACCUAAUCAUUUAAUACCCGCCCAAAAUUUGCGAGCGUUGCUGAAAUUAACUGAUCAUUCUCAGCUUUGAGUGUUUCAUCGAUCAUGGCUGAGAAUGAAUCAUCUCAGAACUCAGUUCCCCCACCUUUCCAGGUAGCUAAGCGUUUGGAGAAGUUUAAAACUACUAUUUUCACACAAAUGAGUAGCCUUGCCAUCAAGCAUGGUGCCAUUAACCUAGGGCAAGGCUUUCCCAACUUCGAUGGCCCGGAUUUUGUCAAAGAAGCUGCCAUUCAGGCCAUAAGGGAUGGCAAGAAUCAGUACGCUCGUGGAUGUGGUGUCCCUGACCUCAACUUGGCUGUGGCUGAGCGUUUCAAGAAAGACACAGGCCUCGUGGUUGAUCCGGAGAGGGAGGUCACUGUCACCUCCGGCUGCACUGAGGCUAUCGCUGCUACAAUGUUGGGCUUGGUAAACCCCGGUGAUGAAGUCAUCGUCUUUGCUCCAUUUUAUGACUCGUAUGAAGCUACCCUCUCCAUGGCUGGCGCUGUCACAAAGUCCAUCACCUUGAGGCCUCCAACCUUCGCGGCCCCCAUUGACGAGCUGAGAUCCCUCGUCUCAAAACACACGCGUGCAAUCCUUCUCAACACCCCACAUAACCCCACUGGGAAGAUGUUCACGAGGGAGGAACUUGACGCCAUUGCCUCCCUCUGCAUUGAGCACGACGUUCUUGUCUUCUCCGACGAGGUGUAUGACAAGUUAGCCUUUGAAAUGGAUCACAUCUCCAUUGCCUCCCUCCCCGGGAUGUACGAGCGGACAGUGACCUUGAACUCGCUGGGGAAGACCUUCUCGUUGACGGGCUGGAAGAUCGGCUGGGCCAUAGCUCCACCUCAUCUCACAUGGGGCGUGAGGCAGGCGCAUUCGUUCCUCACUUUUGCCACAGCCACGCCUCUGCAGCACGCGGCUGUGGCCGCCCUUCGAGCUCCGGAUUCCUAUUUUAAGGAGCUGAGAAGGGACUAUUUGGCCAAGAAGAGCAUUCUGGUGGAGGGGCUGAAGUCGGUGGGGUUUAAGGUGUUUCCAUCGAGCGGAACCUACUUUGUGGUGGUCGAUCACACCCCGUUUGGGCAGGAAAACGACGUCGCCUUCUGCGAAUAUCUGAUCAAGGAAGUCGGCGUCGUCGCCAUCCCCACGAGCGUGUUCUACUUGAAGCCGGAAGAGGGCAAGAAUCUGGUGAGGUUCACCUUCUGCAAAGAUGAACAGACUCUUCGAAGCGCGGUUGAGAGGAUGAAAGAGAAGCUGAUAAUCAAGAAGCAUUGAGUCAUUUUUCACCUUGACAAAAAUGAAAAAUUAAAUUAUUUGCUACUAUUAUUGUGAUUUAAAUAUGUAGACUGCGGCUCUCAGUGACAUUUUUCUUUCUCUAACUGAGAUGUAUUAAUAUAUAGGGUUAAUUAAUUUGCUAUA